UGGUGGUUCUAUGUAUAAUUCGGAUACAGAUGAGGAUGAAGAAACUGAGCCUUCUUCUUCUGGGCAACAGAUAAUUGAAAAUUCAAUAACUAUGAAUAAGAUGAAGCUGCUAAAGGCUAAGAUGAAGAAUAUGAAUCUCAGCAAAAAGCCUAAGAAAGCUGUCAAGAUAAAACCUCACCCACCUAUAGCUCCUCGACCUUCUAGUGGUUCCACUGCACCAUCUCGCCACCGAUUGUUAAAGGUCCUCCCCAACACUGGUCAAUCUUGUUUACCUGCUUUUGGGAAUGCAUAUCUGCCCGAAAUCUCUAGGAAUGGAGUUUCAAGUUUGGCAACUGAACUCCCUGCUGAGAGAUCCAUGUCUUCUAUCACUGGUGAAUUUCUUAAGGAAAAUAAUAGCUGGGAGACUAACACACUGUCUCACUCUAGUAGCAACGUCAAACUACCUCCUCAGAUACCCCAUUUGGAGUUGGGAAAUGACCAGGAGCUUGCUGACUCUGUUCUCCAUCUUGGAUCAUCCCUGCCUAGGCAGACAAAACACUUUUUAGGAAACUUGCCAUCUAGUAAUGAGGAUACUGUCUUACCUUCAGAAGAAUGUGUAAUCGAAGAAUCACUUCUACCUGAAGUGGGCUCACUGGCUUCAUUUGCAGAUGGAAAUGCUGAUGAGCAGAGCAGCAGCUUAGAAGAUGCAUGCAAAGUGAAUCCGGAGUUGUUACUCACUAAUGCUGACAAAGGGUUGAAAGCUCCAGAGCAGCAUCUUAAGCAUGCUGCGGGAGUGCUGAGUGGGGAAUCAGUAGAGACUUCAGUUCUUAACUACCGGGAAUUAAGUCCUCACAAGAAUAGACUCUUGUCACGUCCUCGCUGUUCUGCACCACUACAUAACUCUCUGGUGAAACCACAGAGACAGUCCAAAUGUUUUGAGUUUGGGAAACUACAGCCUUCUUCUCGGUCACUGGAUGUUCAAAACAUAACUGAUUGUUCUUCCUCUAGGACCCCUCGCUUUCAAGGGGUUAAAGUUGAUUCACCUGGGAAAAGAUCUGAUGUUAUUUCCAAAGUUGAGGCUCGGGAUAUCACAGAAAUGGCUAACAAGGCUUCCAAAGAACCUGUUGAUUGUGUAAAUAAUAUCAGUUUUCUUGCUUCACUGGCCCGGAGCACAAGCAGAGAUAGAUUACAGAGCACACGUGGGGCAGGCAGGCCUCAGACCUCUGGAAUUGGGCUGUCUACAAACCUCCAGCAUUUUCAGGAAGAAAACCUUAGGAAAAGUUCUCCCCAGUUAGAACAUCCAGAAGUUUUUUUGUCUGCCCAUGGUGUUGGAAUGAAUGGAAAUAAUGCAGCAACAGGGAAAAGCGUAGGAGAAUGUACUACUCAUCACCUCCCACCUGUGAAAGCCCCUCUUCAGGCAAAGAAGAAAAAAACAAAUCAUUGUUUUCUUUGUGGAAAGAAAACAGGACUGGCUAGUAGCUACGAAUGCAGAUGUGGAAACAACUUCUGUGCAUCUCAUCGUUAUGCAGAAACUCAUGGCUGUACCUAUGACUACAAGAGUGCAGGGAGGAGAUACUUGCACGAGGCAAAUCCUGUGGUUAAUGCACCAAAACUUCCAAAAAUCUAACUCUUCCUCUAUAUCUUACUGUUCUGCCUGGGAAUCGUAUUAUAAUGACAGAAGAAAUACUGUUUAGACUAUUAUUUUUGUUCGACUCUAAAAGAUUUGCCAAAUAACAAAAGCAUACAGUGCAUACUGUUGGAGAACAAGAAUGCUACUGUAUUUUACAUCUUUAUUUCUUGGUGAAACAAAAGUUUUAAAAGUAGUUUUAAAAACUUUAUAGUGGAAUGAUUUAGCUUUGUUAUUGCAUGUCUUGUGUUAAGUGUUUUAUAUAUGAUAUUGCAGUUUUACUAGACAAAUCUUCAAAAGAUGCACUUUAGGAAACGAAAUAUUUCCUAAAUAACCAGCCUUCCACAUUGUACAGAAUGAGCAGUCAUGUAAUGAAUGGCUCUACUCAAAUUGACCAUAUAGUUUUUUUCUUUUUCUUUCUUUUCUUCUUCUUCUUCUUUUUUUCAGAGGUGGGAUGGGUGGAGAUUUAAAAAAAUUCCCAUACGUGAAAGUUUACUGGGUUUUUAGCAAGUUCCUUUUUACUUCAAGCUACUUUUUUAAAAAAGAACAUUUUUCCAGUGUGGUUUUUAACAGAUAUAUAUUUCUUCCACAUUCAGAUUAGCAUUCAGACAUGUAUCCAUUCUAGAAAACACAUAAUGUUCAUGAUAGUGUAUAUUUUACUACUUUUUGAAUGUUAAUUUUAAAAUAGAAGAUGACCCACUUGCCAUUAAAUAUAGAAGCCAACUUUUUACCUUUUGAAAAAUGGCUACAUUUAAAACAAAAUCUCACAGCUUGAUUUUUCUUAUUUGUUGAGAGCUAUUACCAGGAGAAAUUCAAAUAUUCAAUUUCAUUAUGA